AUGCAUCCAAGUCGAUCCUCUGACGCGGUAGGUAGCGCCUGGUGCCCCGCUCUCGAGUCGAAACCCCGCCGCCCCUUGCUCACUCCAGCACUCCCUACUUUUCUUCCUCACUCUGGCUUGUGCUUUGGCUCCGUCAUUCGCCUCCCAGCGUCAAGGUUCCGCGUCGACCUCGAGCACGAACCCGAUCCCGGACCAGGCCUCCGCGUCGCCUUUGGUCUCGGGUCCGGCUUCGGCUUCUACUUCCACUGCUAUGCCCUCGGCAGCCAGAGGAAAGGCCAAGGGGGUAAAAGCCGACAAACCACUCGUUCUUGACGAGCGCAUCGACGAUGUCUAUUCCUUUGUGCAAAUCGCCGCUGCGAAUCCUCCUCGAUACCGCGUUGUUAUCGCCGAGAUCGACGAGCACGGGGUCGACGUCAAGGGAUCCGCAACUACGACGAUGACGCCUCCAAUUGUGCCCUAUGUCAAGGCCCUGCUACCCAAAGGUGAUCCCGAGACCGGCCGACCGAUGGAGAUCGAGAAGGAUGCGGCGCUCCACAAGACGCAGAAGACGGUUGGGGCCGGUCCUAGCGAAUGCAGCGUAUCCGCUGUGUUUGAACUAUCACUAUCGGGAGUCGGCGCACCGAUGAUGAAGCUCCCGGGCGCGCUGGGUCAAGUCGUGGCCGACUGGGCGACUGUCUCGAUGAGCCUCGUCGCAGGGAGGGACAUGAUCCACAGUGUCACGUACGACUCGACCUUUCUGACCAACCCUCGUAUCCCAACGCCUGAUGACUCGAAAGCGGCCUUGACCCUCAGGAAGGCGUCGGUAUCGAUCGCCGCCGUUCCUUGCUCCGACACCGAGGUAUCAGCAGCAGCAACCUUGCGCAAGAUCCGAGAAAAGUUCUCUUCCAUUCUCAAGGAGCAAGAUGCGGAGCAGGAGGACUAUGGGAGCGCCAGCGAGGAUCAGCUCGAUGCGGGACCUUCCACGGCGGCGGCGGGAAAGGCCAAGAGCAAAGGCGGGAAGCGCAAAGCGAAAAAGUGA